AUGUCCUCCCAAACCACGAUCCUGAUCGUUCUCGCCAUCGUUGGAGCCACAUACGGUCUCAGGUGUCAUCUCAUAUCGUACGGAAAUCUCAACGAUCCAAACGCUAUCACCACCGCCACAUCGCUCCAGGACUGCCCAAUCGGUGCCAACUCGUGUGUCAAGACCAUCGACUACUCUCGCAACGUCUUCUCCAAACAAUGUCAAAUCGGAAACUGCACCACUGCCGCCGGAGCCGUCCAAGCGCCAGCCAACUGCUUUAACACCACUUCGGGAACCACAGUCAUGGCCACUUGCUGCUGUUAUGGAGACGGAUGCAACGCCAGUCCAUCAAUGCUUCCACUCGCCUCUUCCCUGUUCGCCGUCAUGAUUUCAAUGUUCAUUCUCUCCUAA